CAAGUAUUCCGUCCCUCGGUACACUCGUUGACUGCUCCCGGGAAGGAGCGGUGUCGGCGGGACACCGAGGCGGAAGAAGACGAGAGUGAGGAAACUCAGAAAGCUGCCCGCCUGAAGAGACUGGAAGGGGGAGGGGCAGUGGAAGUAGUCCCGGCUGCGCCUUGGUCGCGUCGCCUAAAAAUAGCGCCCCGUGGAUAUCCGUGCGCUGGUGUCAGCGUCUCUGGAGGAGCCUCGGCUGGGGAGGCGGCGGCAGCUGCGGAGGAGGGGAGUGAGAAAGGCGCUGACGGGUUUUUGUUACGACAACACAUUGCAUGGUGUUGUGUGCAGCCUUUAGAAGAGAAUUGUCUACCAUGUGCUAGGAUACGAAGUUUGCAUUAUUUGACUUGUGUUUCUGGAUUAUAAAAAAGAAACAGAGAAAAUGGGGAGAAAGAAAAUACAGAUCACAAGAAUAAUGGAUGAACGGAACAGACAGGUGACCUUCACAAAAAGGAAGUUUGGAUUAAUGAAGAAAGCCUAUGAACUGAGUGUGCUUUGUGACUGUGAAAUAGCACUCAUCAUUUUUAACAGUUCUAACAAACUCUUUCAAUAUGCCAGCACGGAUAUGGACAAAGUUCUACUCAAAUAUACUGAGUACAACGAACCCCAUGAGAGCAGAACCAACUCAGAUAUUGUGGAGGCUCUGAACAAGAAGGAAAACAGAGGGUGCGACAGCCCAGACCCUGACACUUCAUAUGUGCUCACGCCACAUACAGAAGAAAAAUAUAAAAAAAUUAAUGAAGAAUUUGAUAAUAUGAUGCGGAAUCAUAAAAUCGCACCUGGGUUGCCUCCGCAGAACUUCUCCAUGUCAGUCACUGUUCCUGUGUCCAGCCCCAAUUCUUUAACCUACAGUAAUCCUGGGAGUUCACUUGUAUCCCCAGCAUUGGCAGCAAACUCUACCUUGACCGACACCACCAUGUUGACCCCUCCUCAAGCCUCACUGCAUCGAAAUGUAUCACCUGGAGGUCCCCAAAGACCACCAAGUACAGGCAGUGCAAGUGGUAUGUUGACCACAACUGAUCUCUCAGUGCCAAAUGGAGCUGGCUCUAGUCCAGUGGGAAAUGGUUUUGUGAACUCACGAGCUUCACCGGGUUUGUUGAGCAGUACUGGUGGUGGGAAUGGUCUAAGCAAAGUGAUAACUACAAAAUCUCCUCCUCCCCCUGGAGGGGGCAGCCUUGGAAUGAACAAUCGCAAGCCAGAUCUCCGUGUUGUCAUCCCUCCGUCUAGCAAAGGCAUGAUGCCUCCAUUGUCGGAGGAGGAUGAAUUGGAGUUGGUGAGUCUGGGUUCCUACUUGAACACACAGAGGUUAAGCAGUUCUCAGUCUACACAACCUCUUGCAACACCAGUUGUAUCUGUGACAACUCCAAGUUUGCCUCCGCAGGGACUGGUAUAUUCUGCUAUGCCCACAGCUUACAACACUGAUUACUCCUUGACUAGUGCAGACCUGUCAGCUCUGCAGGGAUUUAACUCCCCAGGAAUGCUGUCAUUAGGACAAGUAUCAGCCUGGCAACAGCAUCACCUAGGACAGGCAGCUCUCAGCUCUCUUGUGGCUGGAGGCCAGUUAUCUCAGGGUUCCAAUUUAUCCAUUAACACCAACCAAAAUGUCAACAUCAAGUCUGAACCGAUUUCACCUCCUCGGGAUCGAGUGACUCCAUCCACGUUCCCGCAGCAGCAGCAACAGCAGCAACAGCCGCCGCCACCAGCAGCGCAGCCACCGCAGCAAGCGCAGCAGCCACAAUCACGGCAGGAAAUGGGGCGCUCUCCUGUUGACAGUCUCAGUAGUUCCAGUAGCUCGUAUGAUGGCAGCGAUCGCGAGGACCCGCGGAGUGACUUCCAUUCUCCAGUUGGGCUGGGAAGACCUCCAAAUUCAGAAGACAGGGAGAGUCCGACGGUGAAGCGGAUGAGAAUGGACACCUGGGUGACAUAAACUUCCAGUUCCUCCUUCUGUUUCUACUUUUGAGUUAUCCCAAUGAACAGUCCUGACAUAUCGAAAUUUAUAAAUAAGGACAUGAAAUAAAUAUUUAUAUGUAUAUAAAUACAUGCAUAUAUAUCUUUGUAUACGUAUAUAUGUGUGAGUGUGUGUGUGUAGCAAGACACAAAAAGAAAAAUCAGCAGGCACUUAUUACCAACUCCUUGUAUAGUGCAGAAUGCCCCAUUUUAUUUUAUUUUUAAAUAGAACAGAAGAACUCUUAUAGGUGUUGAUCUAGUCUGGCACUUAACCUGGAAUUUGUUUCUUGAACCAUGUAACCUGUUUUGCAAAGGAAAUGUUGUCCCCAUAUGUAAUCUACCAAAUUAGAUGGCAGAAAUGUGAGGGCUUGCCUGUAGUUGUGUUCCGUGUGUGUUUUCCAGCAGCUGUGUGAUCCCUGUAGUUAAAAUUACGCUUUGUAGCAACAGAGAAGUAGAAAAAAAGAAAGCAAUACUGUACAUAGAAUGACCUCUGUCAUACCCAGUCUAGCAUGGGUCUCUCUUGCAAAGGGUGCAUGAAGAAGGGCUGGCAUUAUUUUAGACACACACACGUGCGCAUGCACACACACAUACACACACACACACACACACACGCACACACACACCCCUCUGUUUUUGCACGUGCAAACAAAAUACAGGGGUCAGGUAAGAUUUUCUUUUUAAACCCAGUGAGAAAGACACAUAAAUAAUGAGCAUGAAAUAUUCAGAAAAUGUUAGCCUAGAAAAUAGUCCAUAAAGAAAUUUUUAAUAUAUUAAGUUAUAAUUGGAAUAUGUUUUAAAAGCUAUUUCUUAUGUUCCUCCUACCUUUUUUAAAAUAGUGGAAAACAAUUUUAGCUCGUGUAUAUUUUUUAUUAAAGAAAACAUACCCUUCUUGAAGACUAUAUAGAAAGUUAUAUACAGUACUUUUGAACACAUCCUGCUAUGAAUUAUUUAUACAAGCCAAAGCUAUAUGGUGUAGCUUUUUUUUUUUUGGUAGAGGAUAGUCCUAACUUGGUUUUUUGACUGCCUGGUUUUUGUUUGUUUUUGUUUUUUAGGUUUCAGGGGAGGAAGGAAAAAAUCUUGCAGGCAGAACCUUGGGGAAAAAUAAGCCAUGAAUACUUAUUAUUCUAUAUGUAAAUUAAAAUUUGAGCCAAACUUUGUGUAUAUAGCAUCUUAAAUAUAUUAUCACCUUUUGGUGUAAGUACGUAUGUAUUGUACGUUCACCAGAUUAAAAAGUCUAUUUUUGUGGAUUGACGCCAACUUGAAGAAAAAAAGAAAAGGCGAGGUCCUUAUUAAGUAGAGUAUUCACUGUUUAAUAUUUACUAUUUUGUUCAAUAUACUGUACUUCCUUUUAGAUUUUAAUUAAUAUUAUCCAGAUUUUUUCAGAGGGUGUUUUAAAAAGGGGCUGCCCCCUCUCACUGGUGGUGAAUGUGUGUUGUUAAAAUUGUACUCUUUUUUUGUGCUGUAUGGUAAAGCUUCAUUAUACAUUUUAUAAAUAUAUAUAUAUACAUAUAUGUGUAUAUAUACAUAUAUAAAUAUAUGUAUAUAGAUAGCAAAGUGAUAACCCCCUCCCCAAUCCCCUCCACAAAAAUUGGUGUCAAGUUCAUCCUGCAUAAAUAGAAACAAGGUGUUGUAACAUGUUUUUAAGGCAUUAUAUUAAAACUGCCUCUUGUAGGGGCUGGGGGUGCAGGGAGAACUCUCUUUAAUACUCAUGUUGUUGAAGUAAUGGAAACAUACACUGAGAAGCAAAAAAGGGGUUUUGAAGUGGUAUGUGGAUCUGGAGCAGACUUAGGUUCUAGAAAUGAUUUAUUAUUAUUACUAUGGUUCAUACAUCAGAGCAAUUCAUCAUGAAUUAAUUAACCUGCAGGUCUCCAAAACAUGCACCGGCAGCUAUUUUGAACAUACAAGCCAUGUUGGGGUUAUGUCACAAAUUGUCAUGUUCUGUGAACCUGGGCAUUGUAGCUUACUUGAGGGUUAUAUAGCUCUCAGAUAAUCCUAGAACUCUUGGUAUUAUUUAGGACAAGUAUCUUUCAAAGUGGUGCUCGUGGGAGAGGAGUGGGUUUUUGAUCCUUCACUUUUCAGCUUAAGGGUUGCUUCACAUGGAGCUGAGGGAGGUACCCAUAUUCUGAUAUGAAUAUACUUCAAGGAAUGGCAACCAGCAUAUAUUUUACAAUAUGCAUUUUGAGUAUGUUCAAGUUGCAUCUUGACCGUCAAAUUAGAUGUGAUGUUAGUGUUGCUGUAGUGCACAUGAUACCUGCUGACGGAGUUGAUGAUUCAGGGUGGCAGAAGGUGUGGGGUGAGGGGAAUUAAAUCCCCUUACCCCCUCCUGCAGCCCUGACCAAAACAAAACAAAACAAAACAAAAAAAAUCCCCACUCCAAAACUGCCAUUUGCAGUGGGAGAAAAGCUCCCAUUGACAGCAGCUUCCAUUGAAAAAAUGUAUUCAUCAUUAUGUCUGAUUCAACCUGUCAAUGCGAAUAGUCUUACACCUCCAUUUAACUUAACUAGUCUGCGAAAGUAAAAUCCAGUUUAGCAAUGAGUGUCCUUAAUUUCAUUUCAGGUCAUUACUUUUUGCAACAGUUAGGAAGUCCUGUAAAUUGCAAAGGCUGUUGCAAUGCUAGUAAAACUUUGGUAAGUGGCUUGGAUAGAAUUCCAUGUCUGGGUCAGUUCACAUGCAGGAUGUGUGAGCACUUGAGAACUGCUCCGAGCACUUAGCUUCACAGUAGAUAGGCAAAGAUAAGAGCCCAUGUCUCCAUGUUUGGGCUGCAGACAUGUCUGAUGCAACCUGCGCAAUUUGGAUGGCUCGAAAAGUGUCAUCAUAGUAGUUUGAUUUUCUGUGGAGUGAAAAGAUCAAUUCGUGCUUUGCAUCUGGUUUACUGUGAUGUUGCAGGGCAUGUACUAUAUAAUUUCUCAGUGCUUAGAAAGAAAGCAAAAAUGAAAGCUGUCCCCUGUAUAACUCAUUUGCUUAACCCUUCCCACCCUUCUUUAUGUAAAACUGUAUGUCCCAAUAAUGGGUUCUUCAGCUUGACUUUUUUUUUCCAAUUUUUAAAAGAAUUCUGGAAAUGUGUAAGUGGCUAGGCUCUGUUGCCCACCUUGGUUAUACUUCUGCAACCCAGCUACUUUUAUCUUGAUGGGGUAGAACAAAAAAGCACUGAAGUGUUUGGUCCUCAUACCACUGUUUAGACUCGCAUGGGAUCCAAAAUCACCACUUCACAGCUCUCUCUGAUGCUUCAAAAUGGUAUGUUUCUCAGUCACUAUUUAUGCAUCUAUAUGAACUUUGCUGUACAUUUGAAUGGGAGUUCUUCAUUUCACAUUUACUGUCUGAUUUCUUGUGUGCCUUAAUGAGAUGGCUUUGCUGACUGUAUCUCAAUAGUCUUUAUUCCUAUGCAGGUUUGUAAGGAGUUACAUCACCAUACAUUUUCUUUAAAAAACAAAAGAAAAAGAGGCUUGGGCUUAGUACUUGAAUCAAGCCAACCAAAUCUUUAAAAAAUUAAGUUCUCCAAAUCAGACUGUUAAUUCCUCGCCCAUCUCCUUGUUUUAGGAUCUGGCUCUAUCCAUUGUCUCCUGUGAAACAACUUCACAUCAUGAAAAUGCUUUUUAAAAAUGCUGCCUUUUUAUAAUUAACACUAAUAAUGUAACUCUAGACAUUUUGGAAGUCUUUUAACACCUUGAUACUGUAGGCGAGGGUCGUUGUGAGUGCAGACAGGAUGGCUGCAGUAGUGUCCCAUGCUUGAGCAUGUGAGUGAGUCGGUGUUUCUAUGCUCCCAUUUGCUAUUCCUUCGUACCAAAUAUUAAGUUUUGCACUGAAAGUAGCUGGCUCUGCAGCAAUCCAAAAUGAUUUUAGGGUGCUAUAUACCUGAGUGACCCCUGUACCCUCUGAGCCCAGUUUCCUGCUGUGUAACAAGAGUUGUGCAACUAAUCCAGUAGCAGUGAGUCGUGGCGACCCAUGUGGGCUGCUCCAAAGAAUUCUCCAUCCUGUUCCAUAUCCUUGUUGUUCCUUGAGCCACAGCUCCCCAAGUCGCAUGCAGGGGAGUUUGUGUGAUGUUGUGGGAGAACGGGGGUGGGGAAGGGGCUGCUGUUUAAUGAUGCUGUAAAAUCAUACCAGUUACAUGCAAACUUGUUCUUUAGGGGUUUUCUUUUCUUUCUUUAAGUAGCUAUUUAAGUAACAAGUUCUAAGUGAUGCUCUUAGAAACCAAUCCAAACACUGCAGGAAGGCACAUGGCACAAUUUCUAGGCCAGCUCUGCCUCAGAAAGGGGAUUUAUUGCUUGAAACGGCCUCAUGUCAGACUCAUGGCCACCCUGCUGGAUAAGACCAAAAGGUCCUGCCUGGUCUGGCAUUCUGUCCACAUGGUGGCCUGUGGGCAGCCCACAAGUAGGACUUGAGUGCCCUAGCAUCCUGCCAUUCAUGUUCCUCAGCAACUGGUAUGCCUAGGCACACCAACUCUCAUACUGGGGGUAGCAUAUAGCCAUCAGGACUAGUAGCCAUGGGUAGCUUUCGCUAUGAAUUUUGUUCAACACCCCCUCCCAUUCAAGCCGUCCAAAUCAGUGGCCGUUAACUACAUCUUUUGGCAGUGAAUUCCAUAGUUCAGCUAUGGAUCGUGUAAAAGAAUAACUUGAUUUUAUCUCCUGAAUCUCUCACCAGUCAUCUUCAUGCAAUGACCCUCCUUGUACGGGGAGGGGGGGGGGAAGUCCCCCAUCUACUAUUCUGCUUGAGGAAGGCUAGCAUACUGGGUGUGUUGGCUUUCUGCAUGCAGGGGCUUUGGACAAGAGAGCACUUUCAAAGAAGUGACAAUCCCACCCUCUCUGCCAGGUUCUGAGGUGCUCCUGGCUUGUCAAGAAGGCCAUUCCACACUUCUCAUGCUUGUUUUUUCUAAUUCUACAGCUUGUGCAUUGAGGUUGUUCACCUACACACCUUUUUGAUCCUGAAAGAGCAUAAUGAGAUUUAAAAAAAAAUCCAUGGAUUUAAUCGUAUAACUAGAAUCAAUGGCAUUCAAGACAAGACUGCAACUACAUUUUAUCUUGCAGAUAUCCACGUUACUAGAAUGGCGUCGAAUGUUGCAGACAUGGCAACACUGACUUGACAUGGCAUGCUAAAUAACGCAUAUUCUUUCUAAAGAGAAGUAAGGCGUGUAGGUAAUGCUUUAGCCCUUAACUAUAAAGGACACUAAUGCAUUGACAAGUGUACUGUGCGCACAAGAAAUACAUAGUAAAUAGGGAACAUAAAUGACUCCUGCCAGAUAAACCAUGGGAAGAAGUUUGAAAUUUAGAAUGUGAAAGACUGAAAAAAUUAUUAGAAAUUUUCCUCACUUUGCUGUGCAAGAAAACACUGCUUUGCUAUAUUUAAAUAAGAAAAGCUUUUUUAAAAUAAAAUAUAUGUACUUGGUAAAUGUUUGUAGUCAAGAGUUCACAGAUGAAGCUGUUUGCGGUUAAAGCCGCCUGGCGGCACAAGCUGGACUUUGUUGCCAUCUUUGAGACGAAUCUUUAAGAAAAAAAAAAAUAAGUUAAUCUUUUUCCCUGAAUGUGGUGUUUUUUUCUUCAUUAUACAAUAAAUAUUCUAGUGAACUUUUUAUGAAAUGGUUGAGAAAAUGCUAGAAGUUGUUGUAAAAUAUUUGUAUCUUGCAUUCACUAAAGUAAAAAUACUGGCUUUUACUGUGUA